AGCAGAGGAACUGUGAGAAAGAGAUAAUCGCACUUGCUCACCCCGAGGGUUACCUGUGACACCCUCGCGAUGACAAGAGGGCCCAGCGAAAGGGGGCCGUGUAAAGGGACUUUGGAUGGUAUAGUAGCAGAUCAUUCAUAAAACGUCCAGAGUGCGUCUUUUUUUUAUGCUUUCCGUGAUUUGGAGUUGUUCCUGUGGAGUUACCUGGGCUGGGAUCGAUCGGAGAAUAAGCGAACCGAGUUACUCAUCAGCUCUACAAAUCGUUGCAUGAAACUGAGUGCGGGGCCGCAAUGAGUCGGAGAACAAGACGCUGGAUUUUAAGAGUUUUACUUUGUCUGGGGAUUGUUUAUCUGAAAAUUGGUGGCUUCUCAUCGGUGGUGGCCCUAGGUGCGAGUAUAAUCUGUAACAAGAUCCCCGGUUUGGCCCCCAGACAACGGAUUAUCUGCCAAAGUCGCCCCGAUGCCAUUAUCGUCAUCGGAGAGGGAGCCCAAAUGGGCAUCAACGAGUGUCAGUUUCAGUUCAAAAAUGGGCGCUGGAACUGCUCUGCGCUUGGAGAGAGGACAGUCUUCGGAAAAGAGUUGAAAGUGGGUAGUAAAGAGGCUGCAUUUACCUAUGCCAUCAUUGCUGCAGGGGUGGCCCAUGCUAUUACUGCUGCCUGCACACAGGGUAACCUAAGUGACUGUAGCUGUGACAAGGAGAAGCAGGGUUUCUACAGUAAAGACCAAGGCUGGAAGUGGGGAGGAUGCUCGGCAGACAUCAGCUACGGCCUGGGCUUCUCCAAAGUAUUUAUCGAUGCUCGGGAGGUCAAACAGAAUGCAAGGACACUCAUGAACCUCCAUAAUAAUGAGGUUGGACGCAAGGUCCUGGAGAAGAACAUGCGACUGGAAUGCAAGUGUCAUGGUGUUUCAGGCUCCUGCACCACAAAAACCUGCUGGACUACACUUCCCAAGUUCCGCGAGCUCGGUUACAUUCUCAAGGAGAAGUAUGCCCAUGCAGUGCACGUGGAACCGGUCAAAGCCAGCCGCAACAAGCGCCCUAAAUUCCUCAAGAUCAAGAAGCCUUACUCUUACCGGAAGCCAAUGGAUACAGACCUGGUGUACAUAGACAAGUCUCCUAACUACUGUGAGGUAGACCAUGUGACGGGGAGCCUGGGGACCCAGGGCAGGGUGUGUAACAAGACUAUGAUGCAGCACAUCAGCGGCUGCGACUUGAUGUGCUGUGGCCGCGGCUACAACACACACCAGUACUCCCGCGUUUGGCAAUGCAACUGCAAGUUCCUGUGGUGCUGCUACGUCAAAUGCAACACCUGCAGUGAGAGGACAGAGGUGUACACGUGUAAAUGAGAGUAUUUAUUGGAUGGUGUAUGCAUGAGGAUGUGUGUGUGUGUGUGUGUGUGCGUGUGUGUGUGUGGGCAUUUGAGUUUUGUGUUUUUAAGGACAAACUGGAACUGUUAAACGUUACAGGAGGAGGGUGGUUUCUGCAGUCUGCUGACACGUAAUGAGGAACUACUGAACUGUACAUACAGCAACCUAAAGAUGGGGCAUCAUGAUUCUUUUGCACACAAAGUUCUUCACCCAUCUUUGUGGACGUUUGUGUUUGCUGGACUGUAGUGUUGGAACAAAACACCAUAAAGGGAAAAACUGUACCCCGGCACAUGCACACAGUGUGAGUCACAGAAGCAAACUGUCAAGACUUUAUUAAGCUAUAUGGACAUGAACUUUUUUUUUUUUUUUUUUUUUUUUACUCUUUACUAUGCCAUUGCAAAUGAAUAAUGAUGGAUGUGAUUGCUGUGCAGGGUACACUGCUGUUGUUGUCACUUCCUGUGCACAGAUGAAAUGACACAGGCAUUUGGAAUAUUUAACAAACUGUAUUUAGAGAAUGAAAAUAAUUAAUAUUAAUUUAUUCUAUAAAAGAACUACUGAUUUUGUCCAUUAUGGAUCAAAAACAACUAAAUGUUUGGAGGUUUUAGUUUAUUAUUCAAGCGAUCGAAACUUGUUUGCAGUUAACACACUGGAUAAGAAUCUGCCUGGAAUAAUAUUUUAUGCUGUAGAAAAACGUUCCAGAUGAAAAUGGUGUAGAAUACUUACACUGACCUUCUGACCUUUUCAGGAGUUUGUCUUCCUUCUGUUUGCUGCUAGUCUAGAGAAUCCCACUUGUUGAGGUAGAAGGCUACACGCUCUACUGACUGUCUUCAAUGACAUUGCUCACUUCAAGCUGAUUUAACUUAACAGGUCUUAUUCACUGAUCAAAACGCAGGCACAUUCCCCACUUUUGGUAAAUAUUGGUUAAUAGAGUAUAUUUUGUAAAAGCCUAUUUUUAUAUGAAUGUCUUAUUUAUAUGUUUUGCAUAUUCAAUGUCAAGUUCUUGCCCCUGGUUUUAAAACUUUGUGAAAAAAAAGCUGAUAUGUGUAAGUUGGCCCCUGCUGUCACUGCCAUAGUUGUAUAUUGUAAGUGAUAGGAACUGUUUCUAUGUGCCUGUGUUCAAACAUCUGUGUUUUCUGCAUUUCAUGACUACUACUGAUGGAAUACAGGAACAGAAUAACACUAAUGAGACAUCAUUUCCAUUAUUGCUUCCUGACGUGUCAUUUUCAUUUUGAUCAUGAUAAAAUGACAAUAGAAAACGUCAUUAAAAAAAAAACCUCCUACAUGGAAAUUGCUGCUUUUGGAAACAGCUAAAGUGUUCUGUAAAUGUUAUACUUCAAAUCUGAGGUAUGAUUUGGAAAAAGUUGAAAGGGUGUCUGCUUGGCCUUAUAAAUUUUUAAAAUUUUAAGGCUUAAAAUGUCUUAAAAUGGAUUAGAAUUAGCUUUUGGUUGAAGCUUAAUAUACUCCCAAAAGGCAGGAAAAGACUCCAAUGUGGAAUUUUGGUUUUGCGGAUAUUUAAGUCCUAUCAGAAGUCAGAAUAAAACCACUGUACAAAGCCACCAGCAAACACCUGCCUUCACUCAAUAUUUUUCUUUCUUCACACAUGAAAUAGCUCUUAAAUUGCAUUCAUAAUGAUCUUAAAAGGUCUUACAAUGUCUUAAAUUCUUCAUGUUGAAACCUGCAGAAACACUGGUUCACAUAUUCUUGCUUUAAUCUAGUGUGGGCUGAACGUUUACAACUCACAUCAUUUCAAUUAC